AUGAUACAAAAUGCAAAUCUAUAUAAAAUAAAUAUGAACCCUUCUAAUAACAAUAACAAUAAUAUAGGUUACUCAAACUGGGAUAAAAAAAAUGAUGUUCUCAAAACAUUUAGACACAUAAAUCCUACAAUAAAUAAACUCCCUUCAAUUUCAUAUAUGCUAAUACCUCAACAAAAAGACAAUCAAAAGAACAACAAGAAAGAAACAGUUAUAGAAACUAAACUUGUUGAGACAGCAGGUACAAAAGAGACAAAUAGACUAGCAAAAGAGAAUCUGUUCCAUUCAAGUUCUCCACUCUCAACUAUUGCCAUAGAAUCUACAAAUCAACCUGUAAACUAUGAAUUCAGAAUUCCAGCAUCACAUCAACGUACAAGUUCAUUAGAUUCGUUAAUGAAUGCUGCCGAAAACUUAGAACAUGUAGACCACAAUUUACAAUCAAAAAUACCAAAUCUACAAAGAAUCAAAAGCAUGUUUCUAGAGAAUAUUAAUGUCUUGGAAAGAAAAUAUUGUGGAAAUAUUAAUCAAAAUUUGACAACAAUAAGAGAAGAAGAAAUAUUUGAAACUUUAAGGAAUUUGCAAAAAUUGUCUCUUGAAUUACAUGAACUGAUUUUGGAUAUAUUAGAACCACAAAGAGGAGAGUUGGUAGCUACAUCACAAUCUAUAUCAAACCCUUCUCUUUCACCAGCUGAAAAAAAUUCCCUUUCUACCAUAGAUUUACCUCAACCUCGCAUGACUUUAUUACCACCACUAAUAUUAAAUGAAAAUUCUCAGACUAUCCCAAGAAUGACUGGUUUCAAAUUCCCAUAUAUUAAAUCACAUUUUUUAACACCAAAUGGAAAUAAUACCAAUCUCCAAAAAAAAGUCAUUGUUGAAGAAGAACCGUAUAAUGCGCCUUUAGAGCAAAACCUACAAUAUAAACCACUAGUGUUUAACAAAACUAAUCAUCUUUUACAAACACCAAAAAGAGAAGAGUACUCAAAUAUAACACCCAAUUAUGAAACACCCACUGCCCAGUCUAAUCUAGUUGUCACAAAUCCAUUUAACAAAUCUGGAAAUUCUUUUACAUUGUUUCCCCAAAAUAAUAAUGGAAAGUCUACAAUAAUAACACCUGUUUCGCAAGGUAAAAAUCAUAUUUCACAAAAGAAUAAAGGAACUGCAAAUACAGUGUUUAUUCCGCCUUUGAAUCAUGAGCCACAAACGGUUAAGGUAACACCGAAGACGUCAAGAGAAGAAGACAUAAUAUUUUCAGACUUAAUGCAAGUAGAAAAUGAACCCAAAAUGGAUAUCCCAUACAACGUUAAACGAAUAAAGACAGGAUCAACAACAAAAAAUUUAACGUCCAGAAAGGGGGCACCUAUUGGAAUUACAACGACUCUCAAACUAACAAAUAAAUCACUGAUGGAAAAAUCUAUUAAAAAAUAUAAACAAAAAGAAGAAUUUGAGCAUAAUGAAACAUAUUUACCAACAAGAGAAUCUGUUACAAUUGGAAAACAUUUUGAAAACAAAGGUCCAAUAAUGCAGAUACAAGAUAUGGGGAAAAUAGAAUCUAAGAAAAAAUCAAGAGAGAAAGAUAAAGGAGAAGAAGGAGUAGAAGAGGUAAAUAAGAAAUGCUUUCAUUGCCAAAGUUCAAAGACUCCAGAAUGGAGAGCAGGUCCUUAUGGCGGUGAAAAUAUAUGUAACGCUUGUGGAUUGUUUUAUCGUAAAAUUGUUUCUAAAUUUGGCGAAAAGGGUGGGAAUUUGUUGAUGAAAUAUAGACAGUUAGUAUGUCCAACGAAUAGGAGAGUGCCACCUUACAUAGAAAUACCAGAAGAAUAUAUGAUAAGAUUCAGUAAAGAGUCAGGCUUUAAUCAAUUUUCUAGUUGA